AUGGGAGAGGAGCGAGCAGAGCGAGGAGAAAGAGGAGAGCGGGGCGGAAGCGAGGAGAUUCAGGAGGGAGAGAAGAAUGGGACGGGAAUUUACCAGAAAAGGGGCAGAGAGGAGAGCAGGGAAGCAAGGGGGACAGGGGAGGAGGAACGAAGAAGGUUGGAGGAGGAGGGGGAGGAUGAUUGGCUCGACGGGGAAGACGCUGCUCUUGUACAUACCCCUGGAAAAAAACCUGAGAAAGCACCUGAGGAAUCACCUGAGGAAGCACCUGGGAAGAUACAGCAGUGGCUUUCGAUUUCUGGGGGCUGGGGGAGAUUAAGAGCUCUUCUCGAAGCGACACCUGACUUCAGAGCUAGUGACGAAGCUAUUGGCUCCAAGAAUCUCGGAAAGGAUGAUGACGUGGCUGAGAGUUUGAGUGGCCUACGUGGCAGUAGUGGGGGCAGGAGGAGAUUAAGAGGUGCUGCUGACGUGGCACCAAGUUCUAUCCGUUUCAAACCAGUUUGCAAUCGCCAACCCCGCGAUACUCUGGUUGCUGCCAUCUUCGUUAUAAGCACAUCCGUUACAGUGACAAUUGUUGCCAUACACGCCCUCUCCUCCCUCUUCCUCCAAUCUCCCCCCGCCCCCUUCCUGGAACCUUCCUCCCAGUCCUUCUCUCCCAGCGCCGACAAGCUCAUACCACAAAUCGCAGGGGCGGCACUUUCUGUCCUUAUCUGCUACGUGACGCCACUCGAAGGAUCUCUCGCCUUGCUGGCAGGCGGAUUUGCCGCCUACCAGUUUGUCUUUUUCCUCGCCCCGCUUCGCCCCCUUCGUCUUCUCUCCUCCCUACUGACCUUGCUACAGGAGAGUGAGGAGGAGGGGGAAGUGGGAGCGGGAGGAGGAGGGGGGGUGGGGAUGGGGGAAGGAGGAGGGUUAGAGGGACGGGGAUUAGGGCGAGUGGUUGGGGGGUGGAGGAGAAAAUGGAGAAUGGGGGGAAAAUAUGGUGUUGCUGCUGGUGGUGCUGCUGCUGGUUCUGGUUACAAACGCUACACCUCCUUCCGCCAUUUCUCCCCUCUGUCCUCGUUAUGGGAUUGGUACGGUACAUGGUAUGAGCCUCUGGAAGUUAGCAGCACGUGGGUUGUGGUGUUCUCGGUGCUCGUUCUCAUUCUCGCUGCCUCCCUGCUGCUGCUGCUGGGGCUGGGGUCUGGGAGAGGAGGGGGAGUGAGUGAGAAAGAGAGGAGGAGGGAAGAGGAGGAAUGUAUGGAACAGGAGCAGCAGCAGCAAAAACAGCAGAUGCAGCAGCAGCAGCCGCCGCCACUUUCCAACUCGUGUCCCGAAUUUGCAAAGUCGAGCCUGCAGCAGCAGCAGCCAUCCCAUGCAGAUUCAUCUCCCUAUCUGACCUCUCCCCACCCUCUGCCGUUCCAACUCCCUCCCUCCUCCAUACCUCUUCAUUCCUCCACACCCUCCUCGCACCACCCCCAGCUUCCCCCCAUCCAGUUUCUCCCCCCCACCUCCCCUGUCAAUUCCCAUCGCCCCUGUCUUCCCCACCUUCCCCACCUUCCCCGCUCCUCCCAACUCCCCCAGCCCUCCAAUCCUCCCCGCCUUACCCCCUGCCUCCCCCGUUUCCACUAUGCCUUAGCCGUCAGCACCACCUCCCACUCCGCCCUAUCUCUCUCCCACCGCCGCUCCCCGGCCCGCGCCCUCGUCUCCCUCAUCGCCCUCCUCGCGGUUCUAGCAAGCUUCCUCACACCACUCUUUGUCUCGACCUUUUCCUUUUCCUUCUCUCCUUCCUCCUCCUCCCCCCUCCAAGGACCCUUCAUACCACCACCCUCCCAGCCCUCAUCUCUUUCCUCCCCCUUGCUCCCAGCCCACUGCCCCUCCUUUUUCCUUUCCAUGGAUAGAGCUGCAAUUGCCUUAACUGCUCAGCAGCAGCAGGGGGCGGAAGGGGAUGAGAAGGAGGAGCAGAGGCAGGAGCAGCGGCAGCAGCAGGAGGAGCAGCAGGAGGGAGCAUGGGGUGCUGGUGCUGGGUUCAUAUCAGCUCAAAUGACCUACAUCCCUCACUCCUCCUCUUCCUCUUCCUCUUCCUCCUCUUCCUCUUCCUUCUCUUCCUCCACCCACAGCGCCACAACCACCCCCACCCCAUCUCCCUCCACCUUCCUCCCCUCCCUCACUCACUUCCUCUCCGCCCUUGCCUGCCAUCUCCCCCUCUGGAUCCAUCUGGCCGUCAGAACAGCCGGCCAGCUGGCAAGUCUGUGGCUGGCUGUCAGUGUGGUCAUGACAGUGCAGUUCGCAGCUGCAGUGGCGGUUGGCAGUGAGGCGUUUGAGGAGGGUGCUCUAGAUAACUCAUUAACGAGUAAUAGAGAUAGCUUGAGAGGGAAUGAUGCUGAAGCUGGAACAACAGCAGCUGGAAGUUUAUUGAGGCCAGCGGCUGCAGUGGCGGUUGGCAGUGAGGCGUUUGAGGAGUGUGCCCUAGAUAACACAUCAGCAGUGAGGCUUUCAAGGAGGAAUAGAGACAGCUUGAGAGGGAAUGGUGCUGAAGCUGAAGCAGCGGCAGUGGGAUGGGGGGCAGCUGCUGCAGUGGCGGCCAGCAGUGAGGCGUUCGAGGAGGGUGUUUUCAGUAAUCCGCCUCUUUCUGAGACAACUGAAACCCCGUUUGACAGGGGUGCACUGGAAGAAGCAGCAGGGCGGGUGGGAGGGAUGGGGCGAGAGCAAAUGGAAGAGAAAUCUUCGGGGCGCUUUCCCGGUGAUGACUUGUGUGGGUUUGUGGAGGAGAGGAAGUUUCUUGCAUGGAACAGGCCGGGUUCCUCAACGUUACCAAUACGGCAAGCCCUGUUCGCAUCUCUCGGAACAAUCGCCACCAUCGCUCUCAUCCUCACACUCUCCACUUCCCUCGCUCUCAUCCUCCCCGUCCUCCUCUCCUCCCUCAUCUCCUCCCUCCCCUCCACUCCAUUCCUCUCAACUUCUUCACAAUAUUCCGCCUCUCAGUUCUCCUCCUCUCAGUUCUCCUCCUCCUCCACCUCGCCCUCUGUGGACGAUCGUCGCCUCAUGCCCGCCUCUGCUUCUCUCACACUAACCAGAGUGCUGGCCCUCGUUUGUGUCACACCCUUGCUCGCCUUCUUUACAAGACUCGUGUUGCCUAUCGCAGCAGCAACUGGAGAAGGCUUCAUCUCCUCCCUGCGCACCUCCCUCCUCUUGCUCCGCUCACACGCCUCCGUCAUCAUUUCCCUCUCACUCUCCUCCUCCCUCCUCUCCAUUGCCAUUAUCACCUCCCACGUUGCUGCGCUAGCUUCUCUUGGGGCAUUGUUUGGCAUUUUCCUUGAGGGUGGACUGAAUGAAACGCUUUUGGGCCGGCGGGUGGCAGUCAUUUGGGUCUUCCUUGCGCCUUCCAUUGCUGCUGUGCUGCUGAAUCCGUUCGACCUUCUGACGGGUGGAGGCGGCGCGGGCGGUGGUGCUGACGGAGGCUCCAAGAAUCGCCGAAACCGGAAGAAGAAGCAGCAGCAAUCUCAAGGAGACGACCAGCAGCAGCAGCAGCAGCAGCAGCCUCAGCAGCAGCAGCAAAAGCAGGAGCCGGAGGUGGUUCAACUUGCACCAACCGAACCUCAACCGCCAACAGCCACGGCCGCUGCUUCGGUCGGUCAGCAGGCAGAUGCAGCUUCCCCCGCAGCUGCCUCUGCACCUUCCGCCGCACCUUCCGCUGCGAAGAAGAAGAAGGGGAAAGGCGCAAAGGCGAGGCAGCCUCGUUGGGGGGACGAGGAGGAGGAACCAGCCAAUGGCGCAGUCGCUUCUCCUGAGAUCUCCUCCAAACCGGCAGAAAAAGCCGCCGCGCCGGCAGUUACGCCGUCAUCUCCGCCGGCCGCCGGCACGGAAAUUCCGCUAAUCAAGGAUCCCAAGGCGUACGAGACGGGGGGCCUGAUGCCGGCGGAAUGGGGGGCGGAAACCGCGCGGGAGGAGGCGUGGCAGCAGGGCGGAAAGAGCAAAGGCGGAAAGCAGGCCAAAUCCGUGGGUGCCGCCGCCGGCGCGGCUCCAGCUGCGCGUGACGGGAACAUCGGCGCUGCUGCUGAGCCUGCCCCGGGCGCGGGGGGAGCGAUCAGCGCGGAAGCUGCGGCGCUGGAGGCGGCGGCGGAGGCGUGCGGAAGGGAUGCGGAGGCGCGGGUGAGGCAGUGGCACGACUGGACUGUGCGCGCGCAACAACUGCCCGCGCCUGGCAUUGCGACGGCGUGGAAGGAGAUUUUCCUGAGGAGUCGAGCGUUGGAGAAGACGGUGGAGAGCUGCAUCACGCUGCCUCUGUACCCCCACCACCUGCCGCAUCUCCAGGCGCUUCUCUCCGUGUCCCUGGGCCAUCAGGAGGCGGCUCAGGUGAUUUCUCAGGUGGCAUCGGACCUGUCUCAGGUGCUAUCUGAGGAAGGCGACACCCUGGGCCUCACAGGUGGAUCUGCGGGCAAGGGAGCAGCGGGAGGGGAUGUGCGUGCCGCAGCUGCUAAGGCUCUGGCUGCUGCUGUGACUGCAGUGAAGCUGGGCGGGUCAGGGUGGGCAGUGGAGCGCAUCGCUGCUCAGCUUGGUGACGCGGGUGUGUCCUCAAAGCUGCAGGAGAUGCAGACCAAGCUGGUGAACAUAACAGAGUCACGAAUCAACCUCCUCCUUUCCAGCCUGCAAUCCCCAACGCCGUCUCCAGCCGAGACCACCUCACCUGCUGCAGCCGAAGCCGCCACUGCCGCCGCCCAAGCUUUGCAGUCGGUGCGUGACCUCACAGCUGAAAUUGUCCGGCGGAAAAAACUCCCACCGACACUUAGCUCAGCCGCUCAGGGGAAAGCUGGGAAGCUGGUUACCACAGCGGUUGCAGGGGGGGCAGCGGGUGGGAAAGGUGCCGCUGCUGCGGCUGGUAGUGGUGGUGUGGGAGGGGGAGCGGAGGAGGGCGUGUGGGAGACGCAAGGGGGAGGAGGCAAGGGAGGGAAGAAGGGCGGGAAGAAGGGGGGUGGAGACAAGGGCAAAGCAGCACCAGCAGCAGCAGGUGGGGCAGCAGCAGGGGCAGCUGCAGUGGAGGAGGCGAGGAAGAAGGUAGAAGAAGCAGCAGCGGAGAGUACCAAACUGAGGGGCCAGGUGGAGGCAGCAGAGGCAGAGGCAUCUAGGCUGCGGGUGCUGUGGUUGGAUGCAGAGGCGAGGCGGAAGCAGCUGGAGGAGGUGCUAGCUGCUGCCUCUGCUGCUGCUGCUGGCGGUGGUGGAAAGUCCCCUGCAGCAGCAGCAGCCCAGAACGGGGUCCCGGCACCAGUAACGCCAGUAGCAGUGGCUCAACCCGAGCAGCAGCAGGGGCAGCAAGGGCAGGAGGGGCCACAGCUGACGCCAGAGCAGCUGCACCAGCUGCGGUGUGCGCAGCAGCUGGGGGUGGUGCAUGCUCUCGAGUCUGUGCUGCAGCGACCCCACAUGCCCCUGCCAGGGCACCCUGGAGGACCAUUCUCGGGCGCCCCCGACCGCGAGGCGGCAGUGAUGGCGGUGGUGGGGCAGGCAGUGGAGAAUCAUCUCAGUGCGCUCUCCGCCCUGCUGCACGCCAAGCUGGACCAGCUCAAAUCAGCCGGAGAGCGACUGCAAUUCUCACAGGAGAAGCUGCAGAAGAUGAAGGCUGAGAAGGACGCUCUGAAGGGCAAGCCGCAGCUGGCCGCAGCUCUCACGAGGCCACUGCAAGCCAUUGAGCAGAUGCACAAGACCCGUGUUUCUGAGGUCCAGUCAGUGAUGGCGGAGGCAGAGGCGCUGGAAGCAGCGCUGCAGAAGCCGCAGCUGCGGUCGGCAGUGGCGCUGCUGCCGCCCAUGCCAUCAGUCAACGACUUCUUACAGCAGAUAGGCGUCACGCUGCACCAGGUAUGCAUGUGGGCGAGUGGGUGCAGUGAAGCAUAA